ACCAACUUUAGUAGCAUAACCGGAUGGGAAAAGAGAAGAAAGUGAUGACGAUCGAUAACGUGAAGAUUGCGUUGAGGGAGGCCAAGGAGGAGAUUGGUUUGGCUUUGGACCCUUCUCUUGUUGAUGUUGUUGCUGUUCUUGAACUGUUUUUGACCAAGCAUUGCAUGACAAUUGUCCCUGUGGUUGGUACUCCUUAUGACAAGGAGGCAUUUAGUCCAACUCCCAGACAGCAGAAGUUUCUCAUGGAUGAAAACCGAAGAGCAGAAGAGAGGGAAUGGUUGGGAGACAAGUAUUUGCUCCAUUUGUUUGACAAUGAAGUAGAAAAGGAGAAGUAUACAAUACAGGCAUUAACAGCAGGGAUAUUGAUCAAGGUUGCAUCAGUUGUCUACCAGAAACCACCAGCAUUUCUAGAGCCUAUGCCAAAGUUCUCGAAUAUUACUCUUAAGAACCAAAAUGACCACGAGUCAAAAUGUUUGAGCCCUGGAGCUCCUGAUCCAAAAUGUCACUGAUGUUCUCAGUGAUAUAUAGCGAGUAUCCAGUUGCUGACAUCCUGUCAUGAAGAGGAUAAGUAGUAGUAUAUUAUGAUGCUAGAAAAUGGACUUUGUCACUGUAAACUGGCAAGACAGGACUGGCAAACAAAUUAAUACCGGCUGUAUAAGUGUUAGAUUAGUAGUUGGAAUUUUGUUGUUCUUGUAAUUGUUAGAUCAUUGUAUAAAGAAUACUUAAGUAGUUGAUUCUUUGUAUAGUUGAACUCAUUGACUGUGUCAGCCUAAAAACAGUGCUGCUUUGUGGUUCUAUUAGUUCUUCUGGGUUAAUAAAUUUUACCUUUUUCC